CGAAUUUCGAUAGACAACCGACCGAUCAAACAGUCAAUCAAUCAAUCAAUCAGUCGACCAAUCGAUCAUGGCUCGCACCAAGCAGACGGCUCGUAAGUCGACCGGCGGGAAAGCUCCGAGGAAACAGCUGGCCACGAAGGCCGCGCGGAAAAGCGCGCCCGCGACCGGAGGAGUGAAGAAGCCGCAUCGUUACAGGCCCGGCACCGUGGCCCUCCGAGAAAUCCGCCGUUACCAGAAGAGCACCGAGCUGCUCAUCCGCAAGCUCCCGUUCCAGCGUCUCGUGCGAGAGAUCGCCCAGGACUUCAAGACCGACCUUCGAUUCCAAAGCUCGGCCGUGAUGGCGCUGCAGGAGGCGAGCGAGGCUUAUCUGGUCGGUCUGUUCGAGGACACGAAUCUGUGCGCGAUUCACGUCACUGGCCAGGGCAAGGGCGUCCGCAAGGGAAAAUCCCUCCAAGAGUGCGGAGCUCUUGGGGGUAGCCAUGUUGAAAAUGGCUAG